AUGUCAGCCUCAGACAGUACGAGCAAGCUCAGUGACGCCGAGAAAGCCACCUCGGCUGAGACCCUGAAAGAGGUGCCUGCCACAGAUGCUGCUCAAUCAACUGCCCUGACUGGGCUGCCGUUGUAUACGGUCCUGGUUGGGUUGGGACUGGCCUUGUUCCUGGGGGCCAUGGAUAUGGCCAUGCUUGGCACAGCCGUUCCAUCCAUCACUUCGACCUUCCACACGACUGCUGAUAUCGGCUGGUAUGGCGCUGCAUAUCCCCUCACCAUGUCCUCCAUCCAGCUGCUGGCCGGCAAGAUCUACGCCCAGUUCCCACAGAAGCUGGUGUUUCUCGUCUUUUUUGGCUUGUUUAUGCUGGGCUCAUUGCUCUGCGGAGUGGCCGUUAACUCGCCCAUGUUCAUCGUUGGACGGGCCAUUGCGGGUGUCGGUGCAGCUGGUGUGCUGUCGGGGACGUUGACCAUCGUCUCUGCCGUGGUCCCCCUCGACAAGCAAUCUCUAAUCUUGGGUCUAAUGAUGUCUCUCGUAGCCUCGGCCGUCGUGCUCGGCCCGGUCAUUAGCGGUCUCCUGACGGACCACACCACCUGGCGCUGGUGCUUCUACCUGAACCUGCCCUGUGGCGGCGUCACUCUCCUGGCUCUGAUCCUCUUCUUCCGUCCACCCAAAAGGCCCGUCCGUACAACGCCGCUGUCCAUCCCCGAGCUGAUCAGGAAGCUCGAUCUGGUGGGCUGUCUCGUCUUUAUCCCCGCGGUGGUCAUGCUCCUCCUUGCCCUGCAGUGGGGCGGCGACGGCAGCAAAGAGCACGCCUGGAACUCCGCCACCAUCAUCGGCCUGUUCUGCGGCGCCGGGGUGUCACUCAUCCUCUUCCUGGUCUGGGAGCACUACCAGGGUGACGAAGCGAUGCUCCCGCUCAAGUUCUUCAAGGACCUGACCAUCAUCGCGAGCUGUCUGUACGGCUUCGCCAUGCUGGGUGGGUACGUCGUUGUCGGAUAUUUCCUGCCAGAGUGGUUCCAGAUCAUCAAGGGCGCAAGUCCGCAAAGCAGUGCCGUGAUGUUACUACCCAACGUGAUCACCAACUUUAUUUCUAAGGCUGUGAUCGGAGUCAUCGUCAACAAAACUGGCUACUUCAACCCCUGGCUCUUCUUCGGCGCUGCUGCCCUCGCCAUCGGCUCCGGCCUCGAAACCAACUUCCACACCUCGACCCCGCGCCCCGACUGGAUCGGCUACCAGAUCCUCCAGGGUGCCGCGCUCGGCAUCAUCCAGGCGCCCACCCUCGGCGUGCAGGUCGCACUUGCCAAGCAGAAGCAUCUGAUCCCCGUGGGCCUGUCGCUGGUCAUCUUCUUCCAGUACUUUGGAAGCAGCAUCAUGCUGAGUAUCUCUUUGACCAUCUUCCAGAACCUACUGCGGCCCGGGCUGGUCAGCAAGGCUGGCAUGACGGAGGCGCAGGUGCAGCAGUAUGUGGCCGCGGGCAACUCGGGGGUGCGCGAGUUGACGACACAAAUCGAUCCGUCGCGGUUGGGUGUCGUGUUGGAGGUGUAUAAUGAUGCGAUUGCUGGAGUUAUGUGGCUUUCGACGGUGGCAGCAUUGCUUGGGUUCCUCGUGUCCUUUGGGUUCCCCUGGAAGAAUUUGAAGGCGCAAGCAGAGGAGAAUAAGAAGGAGGCGGCCGAGGCUUGA